UACGUGCCAUUGAGAAAUAAUAUUUGCAAAUAAUAUAAAAAAUGAGUGCGGCACGUGUCUGUUGCGGGUGUGGUUUGGAUACUGAGAGUACCUUGGCUUGUCCUGUUUGCAAAUCAAAGGGUGAUAUACAAAUCUUUUGUUCACAAGGUUGUUUCGGUGCUAAUUGGAAGUCCCACAGCGCCAAACAUAAGGAGGAUACAUCUGGUUCUGUUUCCUCUGGCGAUUUGGAUCUUAAUGACCCUCAUUUAAGGCGUUUUAAGAAUUUUAAAUUUACUGGGGAAUUACGUCCUUGGCCUGUUACUCCUCAGAAGCGUGUUCCAUCUCAUAUAUCAUGUCCUGACUAUGCAUUGGAUGGCGAGCCUAAAUCGGAGGUGAACUUAAAGAAUGCUGGUCGCAUUGUGGUGAAUACCCCUGAACAAAUAAAGUUGAUACGCAAGGCAUCUAUUUUAGGUCGCAAAGCAUUGGAUUUUGCUGCUAGUUUAAUCGCUCCAGGUGUGACCACGGAUGAAAUAGAUACUAAGGUUCACGAUUUCAUUAUACAGCACAACGCUUAUCCAUCUCCUUUGAACUACUAUGGUUUCCCCAAAUCACUAUGCACAUCUGUUAACGAGGUUGUAUGUCACGGGAUACCAGACAAGAGACCUCUUAAAGACGGCGAUAUAAUCAAUAUCGACAUAUCUGUUUACUUGAAUGGCGUUCAUAGUGAUUUGAAUGCUACUUACUUUGUUGGUGAGGUUGAUGAAGAUUCUCGUCGUCUUGUAAAGGGCACAUAUAUGGCUUUAAUGGAGGCCAUAAAGCAAUGCAAGCCUGGGAUGUACUAUCGCGAGAUUGGCAAUAUAAUAAACAAGGUUGCUGAUGAAUACAGGUUAUCUGUGGUUCGUACUUACUGUGGUCAUGGCGUGGGUCAAGAUUUCCAUUCGCUUCCUAAUGUUCCACAUUAUCGCAACAGCAAGGCGAUUGGCAUUUUACGUCCUGGUCACAUUUUUACUAUCGAGCCAAUGUUGAACCUCGGAACGUGGAGGGACUGCAAAUGGCCAGAUGAUUGGACGGCUGUUACUGUGGAUGGCAAGAGAUCCGCUCAGUUUGAGCAUACUUUAUUAGUGACUGAAACAGGUGUUGAAAUAUUGACUAAACCUUUGGGUUCUUCACCACCUCUUCAAUUUGAUGUGUAGCGUUACCAAAUUUCGCACCAAUAUCCCAAAUUGGGAUGUAUUUACCG